AUGACCGUCUGCACACAAAGCCGAUUUCAGAAGAUCUCAAUUGCCAAAUACUUGGAGGAGACGGGAAACACAGACUGGACGAUCCCCGGUGGCGUCUGCUUCAAACUGCAUGACUUCGGCUUCCGCGGAGUUUCCUCGGUUGAGUCUGCGGCAAUUGGAGGAUGUGCGCACCUGGUGAACUUCCUUGGCACUGACACCGUUGCUGCCAUGAUCUGUGCCAGGGACUACUAUGGAGCGAAAAAGGCAGCCGGUGGGUCCAUUCCAGCUUCGGAGCACUCCACCAUUACGUCCUGGGGCGUCGACGGUGAGGUCGAUGCUAUGAGGAACAUGCUGGAACAAUAUCCGGAAGGGCUGGUGGCUUGCGUCUCGGACUCCUUCGACAUCUGGCGUGCAUGCAAAGACUACUGGGGUGACAAGCUCAAGGAUCUCAUCAAGGGCCGCAUCACCGACACCAAGUUUGGUCGUCUGGUCGUGCGUCCUGACAGUGGUGAUCCGGCAGAGACUUGCACAGCCAUCCUGAAGAUUCUUCUCGAGCAGUUCAAGGAAGAUGUGACGCUGACUCCGACAGGACAUAAGCUGCUGCCUGCGUACAUCCGUGUCAUCCAGGGCGACGGCGUCGACUGGCAGUCCAUUCCCAAGAUCCUUGAGAAGCUCAAGAAAGAAGGGAUUGCUGCUGACAAUAUUGGCUUUGGAAGUGGUGGAGCUUUGCUGCAGAAGUUGAACCGAGACACCUUCAAGUGCGCUUUCAAGUGCGCAGAGAUCACAAUCAAUGGUGAAAGCCGUGAUGUGUUUAAGGACCCGAUCACCGACAAGGGUAAGGCCUCGAAGAAGGGUCGUUUGACCUUGCAGCUGGCUUCUGAGACGACCGGCUUCUCCGACGCUGACAAGUACCAGCCUCGCUCAGACAAGAACCCAGUCCCUGGAGGAACUGGCUUCUUGCAUUACAGUUCGGACAACAAGUACGUCACCGUCGCUAGCGGCAAGGGCGAUGCGUCGAAGGACAUCAUGGUUGACGUCUUCAAGGAUGGCCAGCUGCUUGUGGACUACACCUUAGAGGAGAUUCGCGCCAAGGCUGACAUCAAGAAUGGCCCUUUCGGAGGAGGUCCAGCAUAA